AGCAGCAGCAGCAGCAGCAGCAGCACGAGCUCACAACACCGACAUGAAGCGCGCGCGGAGACCGCAGAUCGUGUGAGGAAUAGCGGAUGGAAUCCAGACAGAUUUGGGCUCUUUGCGUUUUUCUCUUUUUCCAGAGAAUGACUCUGUCGGAUUGCCAGCCUGUUUAUAUCCGAUCUGCGCCGCUCAUUAGGUCGUGAUUGGCUUUAUUUAUCCACAAGUGGAGGAGGAGCGCGUGCAACAUUCGGCCGGCAUGCCUCCCGCAGCAAGCAGCCUUCAGUCCAGCGGACUGACGCUGUCCGAAACAAGCAUGGGUUCGUUUAAAAGGAGGAAGAGGAAAUCCAUCAUUAUGACGGUGAUGCUGCUCAUAGUCUCUGUACUCAUCCUCAUCUUCGGACUGGCAGCUACCACCAGGGCGAAGAACAUCACUGUGGGAGGCUACUAUCCAGGACUCAUUCUUGGUUUCGGCUCCUUCCUGGGGAUUAUCGGUGCUCAUUUGAUAGAGAACAAGAGGCAGAUGUUGGUGGCGUCUAUUGUCUUCAUCAGCUUCGGCGUGGUGGCUGCUUUUUGUUGUGCUAUUGUUGACGGAGUUUUUCCGGCAAGACACAUUGACCUCAGGCCUCUGUACGCCGGCCGUUGUGAGUAUCUCUCCAGCGAGACCGCGUCUGAACGAGAUGUGCCAUGUCAUACUUCGCGUGCAUCCUGUAACCUGCACGUGAAGAGCAACACCUGUUACUGCUGCGAGCUCUACAACUGCGGGAAAGAACAUCCUCUUAUCGGACUUCAAAAUAAAAAUGUUAUGAAAAAGUUUAGGAAAUCACCCAUGAUUUGGAAUCGUGGCGAACUGAUGGGAGGCUAUCAUGAGUACACAGAGGUGGAGAGCUGCCAGGAUGUGGUGCAUCUCUACCACCUUCUGUGGUCUGCUACUAUCCUCAACGUAGUGGGCCUGUUUUUGGGGAUCAUCACUGCUGCCGUUCUGGGAGGGUUUAAGGACAUGACACCGUCUGCCGCCUCUGAGAGCUCAUCUGAACCAGAGGCCAUUGUCGCCCCAGUCCACUCAGAGCCUCCUCCGCCUGCUGUUCCUUUCAACUCGUACCACAAUGCUGCCCCCUGCCUGCCGCCUUAUACUGCUUACGAUCUGCAGAGCACCUACGUGUUUCCGGACUCCUCAGGCCUGUCAGACGACUCGCAGUCGGGUGCGAGCCACUUGUGGCCCACGAUGAUCCCUCCUCGCUACUCGCCUCCUCACAAGCACCCUGACGAGAAGCCCCCUCCGUACAGCCCGUGAAGGGACUGCCAAACGCUCUCCGGUGUUGUCAGACGCCGGGUUUGUCACAAUGGGUUGUGGAAAAAGACACGAAGAGAGGGAAGAGGAGGUGCUUUUGGGGGGGAGAAAAGACUCUGGACUGCCCCGCGCCCCUAUGACAAGAGACUAGCUGUCCAGCGUCAGGACAGAUCACACGUCUGUCGGGCUUAAUGCAUUUAGACUUCUGACACUGCAGUGCUCAGCCACUCGGACGUUACUGCUACUGAAGCUCUCCUCCUCCGCAAACUAUAAGCUAAUGUGAUGGAAGGUAUUAAUGUGUCCAUCCUAAGAGGGGUGCACACAUGCAGUCAUUUCUCAAGCAGUCACACAUCUUUUUCUAAAGCAAACAUUGGCAGCAAAUGAAGGUAUUACAUGCUCAUGGUGUACGUAGAGCAGUAUGGUGUAUUGUAAUCUAGACCUAUCCAACAGUAUUAAUCCUCUUGUCAUCGUCUGGUGUUCAUUAGAAAGUUAACUACUGUACAGUAGUUUCUCAGGAGAAUCAGUUUCACUCUUCUAUUUAUUGUAUCGACAGCUGCUAAACACGUUUAAUAGACGUGUGUUGGAGUUUAAGGUAAAACCAUAUCCAAGUGCUUUUUUCGUUUUCUUUUAUAGGACUUCAUGUUAUGAAGAGGCUGCAAAUGAAAGCUCAGUGCUGGGUUCACUGACCUACUAAAGGAUGAAGAGGAGAGGACCAAAAACCUCUUCAGUCUUCAUCAAAUGUUUAAAAAAGCGAGUUUUUCAUUCAUUUUUCAGUUUCUGGGGCUUAGAGAAUGUCAGCUCCUUAUGUAUGAGUCAAACUUGUUUGGCGUUUUACUUUGAAGGUUGCAGCAGGAAUCCCUGGAGGCGCGGGACAGUCGUUUUUACGGCUUCCUGCAGACUUUUGGAUACGAAGGGGAUUUAUUUUGGGAGGAUUGCCAAUAGAAACGUCAUUUCAAUUCCCGCAGAUGAUCAAGUUUUUUUUUUUAAGGGACUGAGGUAAAUUGGAGACCUAAGUUUAUUUCAGAACAAGCAAAAAAAAUGAAAUAAUCUUGAAAUAAUUGUCAUUAAAAGGUCAGGAAUGUACUUCAGUUGAAUAAAAAUGUUUUUCAGAGGAAAAACUUUAAAUCGAAAUAAUCCUACAAUGCUGAUGAAAAUAGAUUCCCUACACUUACCUGCCUAUGUAAAUAAACAGAAAAGGGAAGAA